AUGUCGCGGAAUGACGAUCUAGCUUACGGUAAAUACUACGAGUCGGAGCGCGGGUCCGGGGACGGCUCUCGAGGCCUCAGUGAUACUUUCAAGAAGCUCAAAGACACGUACAAAAGUCACUCCAAGCCGAGUCAAGGUCAAGGUGGUGAUCCGAAUAACCAAAAUCAAGGCCCCUACGGAUACAGUCACACGCCUCCAACUCAGUCGGGGCAACAGUACUAUCCCGGCUCCAACUCAAACCAGCAGACCCAGCAAGAGCGGCCACAAAAGGAGGACAAAUUGUCCGGGUUCCUGGGAAAGCUCCAAGGAACAGUCACCGACAUCGGGUCCGGAUUGGCGACCAAGAUUGGCACAGCCAUCGACCCCCAGGCCUACGCUCAGUAUGGAUCAACCCAGCCGUCGGCCCAGCACCGCUUUGGCAGUUUCGCACCUCCUCGGGAACACAACGAAGUGAAGCCGUACGUAGACGGAUGCUCGUAUUUCUGGGCGGUCUCGGUGGCUCUGGAGAAUGCGCGCGAGUCCAUCUGGAUUCUUGACUGGUGGCUCUCUCCGGAACUCUACUUGAGAAGACCUCCAGCCCAAAAUGAGAAAUAUCGACUGGACCGCAUGCUCAAGGAUGCGGCUGUGCGGGGCGUUCGCGUCAACGUCAUCGUGUACAAAGAAGUCACUCAGGCCUUGACCUUAUCGUCUCAUCACACCAAACAUGCCUUGGAGGACCUGCACCCAAAUAUCGCAGUCUUCCGUCAUCCGGACCAUCUGCCUGAUCGUCAAGGGGUGAUCUCGGGCAUUGCGCAAUCCUUGCAAAACCUGUCACUGACUCCGGCGGGCCUGGCGCAGAUGUCCAAGGACACGCUGACAGGUCUGUAUGGCAUGAACGAGGAUGUCAUUCUGUACUGGGCACACCACGAGAAAUUGUGUCUUAUCGACGGACAAAUUGCCUUUAUGGGCGGUCUGGAUCUCUGCUUCGGUCGAUGGGAUACCCAUCAACACGCGAUUUCGGAUGUGCAUCCAUCCAAUGUCAACGAGACCGUGUUCCCUGGCCAAGACUACAACAACUCCCGCGUCCUCGACUUUGAAAAUGUCACUGAAUGGGAGAAGAAUCAGCUGGAUCGGAUGACCAUGUCGCGUAUGGGGUGGUCGGACAUUUCAGUGGGCCUGCGCGGUCCCGUGGUGGAGGAUCUUCGACGCCAUUUCGUGGAGCGCUGGAACUUUAUUUAUGACUCCAAGUAUCAGGUUCGUCAGAAUGUUCGGUAUAUGCGGCUGGCACUUCAUGGUCGGCCGGGUUCGUCAACGGGGAAUCCGACAGGCGGUGCAGCGCAGCAGGGUCCUCAUCAGCCGCCUGCUCCCAGCCAGCCGCAGUCGCAGCAUGCCGCAGCCCCCCAGUGGCAGACUCAGCAGUCCCCAGCUGCUAGUCAGCAUCAGCCGUCGUCGACACCCCAGUGGCAAUCGCCACAGUUCACAGGCACAUCGAGCCAUCCUCCCCCAACUGACCAAUCCGCGCCUGGCCCGGGCCAGGCGCAGCAUGAAUCGGCCUCUUCGUACCAGGCGUAUCAUCCUGCCGGCACUCAGGGUUAUCAACCUAGUCAGAGCCAGUCAUCGCCAAAUCCUCAGCAUUCAUUGAGCCAGGGAUCUCACCAAUACAGCUACUCGGGAGAUUCCUUCCCACCACCGCCGCCCGGACCGCCACCUGGCCAGUCGUCCGUGCCCUUGUCCUACCAGCCUCAGCAGUCACAAAGCCAGACACCAUACUUCUCCCCGCCUCCAGGCCAGACAUCGACCUCUGCUCCCCACUCUAGUCACCAACAGAGUCAGACGCCCUACUACCCCCCUCCGCCCAGCCAGGAGGCUUCGGCUUCUGGCACACGCGGAUUUGACGAUCAUCCAUAUGGCGCAGACCAGAGCCGGGGCUUCGUGCCGAAACGCUUCCGGGAGGAUAUCACGCAAUAUGGCAAUCAGCUUCGCGGUCAACUGGCGGGCCAGAUCCACCAGUACCAGGACAAACUCACCACCACGUACGGCCGCCCCCAGUCGCAGGGACGCGGCAACAUGUCCUGCCAGAUUGUUCGAAGCUGCGCCAAGUGGAGCAACGGCAGUCCCGUUGAGCACUCGAUUGCGGAUGCAUAUGCUGCAAUUAUCAAGAACAGCGAGCAUUUUGUCUACAUUGAGAACCAGUUCUUCAUCACUGCCACGGGUGAUUCACAACGCCCCGUGAAAAACAAGAUUGGCGCGGCCAUUGUUGAACGAAUUCUACGUGCCGCGCGUGCCGGACAAAAAUACAAGAUCAUCGUAGUGAUUCCGUCGGUGCCAUGCUUUGCAGGAGACCUUCGGGAUGAAGAGACACUGGGCACGCGGGCCAUCAUGGAGUUCCAGUACAAUUCGAUCAAUCGGGGCGGGCACAGUAUCAUGGAGUUGAUCGCCAAGGAAGGAUUCAACCCCAUGGAAUACAUUCGUUUCUACAACUUGCGCAACUACGAUCGCAUCAAUCACGCCGGUCUUCUGUCUGCCAUAGAGCAAGAAAGUGGUGUCCGCUAUGAGGAUGCUCGUCGUCAGCUUGACCAACAGACUGUUGGCGCUGCCGGCUCGGUUCCCUAUUCGGGAUCGGGAUACGGCGGUAGUGGCACUUCGCGCAGUGCCUUUGAUACUACUGCGCCCUUCCAGCAGUACCAGCAGGCGGCUCAACAGCACCUCCCAGGCGGUAAGACUACUGGAUCGGGCCAGUGGGACAGUGUCAGUUCUUGCUACAUGCUGAAUGGAACGGAUAUUCGGAAUGUGCCGUGGGAUGGCCAUCCUGACGCGGAAAUCGACGCCUUUGUCAGCGAGGAGCUUUAUGUUCAUUCCAAGGUUAUGAUUGCGGACGACCGUGUGGUCAUUUGUGGUUCAGCUAAUUUGAACGAUCGAUCGCAACUGGGCGAUCACGACUCUGAGAUUGCGGUCAUUAUCGAGGACUUUACCCCGGUGCCGUCUAAGAUGAAUGGUCAGCCUUGGAUGGCCAGUCGAUUUGCCGCUUCAUUGCGUCGCGAGCUCUUCCGCAAGCACUUGGGUCUCUUGCCUCCUCAAGACUACUCGCGUCCCGACGCAAGCUGCCAGCCCCCCGGAUCCCCGGAUCACUUCGAUCUGGACUGCCCCGAGAGUCAAGUGGUGGCGGACCCCCUCUCCGACACGCUGCAGAGUCUCUGGAACUCGCGCGCGCAUACCAACACCGAGGUCUUCCGCAAGGUUUUCCACGCCGUCCCAGAUGACUCGGUGCGGAACUGGGCGACCUACAAGGAGUUCUACGAGUACUAUUUCCACAAAGCGGUUCAAAGUGCCGAUGGUAAGGAGGGAUUCUCCCGGCCUCCGCGAUUCCAAUGGGGUCAUGUCGUUCGAGAUGACUUUGCUCCGGGGGCGGAGGGCGCCAGGCAGGUGAAGGAACUGCUCAGUCAGGUCAAGGGUACCUUGGUCGAGAUGCCAUUGAUGUUCUUGAUCGAGGAGGAUAUUGCGAAGGAGGGGGUGACGUUGAAUGAUUUGACCGAGCCGCUGUACACUUAG